AUGUUACGCGGAGGACUUAAACACACGGCCGUCCAUCUUAACCACAUUACAGUUCUCCUAUGCUUUUCUUUUUGGAUAGUGAAAGGCUGACAAGACAAGUAGACGUUGUUUGCGAAACAGAAUUUACCCUAAGAAUUUAAAAACAAAAUAUGUUCUAAAUUCUGCCUUUUGAAACGAUUAGAACAGGAAAUUAACACAUAUUUUAAAUUUCGUGCUGUAACUGUCACUGUUUGUUUGUUUCUGAAGACAAUUUCAAACUUUUAAAGUACAACUCGCAAGUUAAAACCCACCAAGUCCACUAUUUUAUGGUUUUUCUGACAAUUAACAAUGUAAAAUUCGCCAGCAUUUUCAAGUGGCUUUUCGUUCUCAUUACUAUAAUUCUUUCCUUCAGACUAGCUUUUUUAAAAGCGGAAAUGAAACCAUACCACAGAAAGCAACUGGACAGGGUUCGUUAUCUGCUACCAGCGGAACCUUGAACGUUACUCUUCUUGGUGAUGAAUGGGGUUCAUCUGCUGGUGGGUUGUCAACAAUAAACAGAGAGCUUGCUAUUCACCUUUCCCAGCAGUCAGGAGUAAAUGUAUCUCUAUUGUGUCCAGAAAAAGCUUGCAGCACUGAAGAAAUAAGAGAAGCUGAUGGCUAUGGAAUCACCAUUGUUGAGGCGAAAGAACGUGCAGCAUAUGACCGUCUUGAUUGGUUGAGCAUCCCACCCCAGGACCACUUGAUGGACAUCGUUGUUGGUCAUGGUGUUAAACUUGGUCGGCAAGUACAGUUCAUCAGAGAAUCUGCUCGAUUUCCAAAUUGCAAGUGGGUACAAGUGGUUCACACUGCUCCAGAGGACCUGAGCAGAUACAAAUGCUACAGUGACCCCAUUUCAAAAGGUGAAACAAAACAAGAAUCAGAAGUUGAACUUUGCAGACUUGCUGACAUUGUUGUGCCUGUGGGACCCAGACUUAAAGAAGCAUACUCUUCAUAUUUGCAGCGAUGUAAGACAGAUCACGAAGUUUUGUCCAUUACUCCAGGCCUUUUCCAAAGGGAGUUUGGGGAUUUAACGCAAACCACUAAUGAGAAUGCUGAAUUUAAAGUACUGCUAAUUGGUCGUGGAGAUGUUGAGGACUUUGAACUGAAGGGUUACAACAUUGCUGCUCAAACAUUUACUGAUCAACGGCUAAAAAACAAACCUUACCAUCUAAUAUUUGUCGGAGCGCCUGAAGGAAAGCAAGGAGACGUUAGAGACAAACUUCGUCAACGUGGUAUUGCGGAAGCACAGUUGACUGUGAGAAAAUUUGUACAAUGUAGAGAGAGACUGAAAGAUUUGUUGUGUGAAGUUGACCUUGCCAUCAUGCCAUCAAAAUCGGAGGGAUUUGGUCUUGUCGCACUUGAGGCCUUGUCUGCAGGUUUACCCAUUCUUGUUGGUUGUAAGUCAGGAUUUGCCAAAACAUUAGAAAAUGUUCCAAAUGGUUAUUCAUGCAUCGUCAAUUCAGAUGAUCCAGCAGAGUGGGCAAAAGCAAUAGAAGCUGUUCGUGUCAGGCAUCGAAUGCGGUUGGAAGAGAUUAAAGCACUAAGAACCUCGUAUGGGGAGAUGUACAGUUGGAAGGAGCAAUGUGAAGCCCUUGUGAACAGACUCUGGAAAAUGAGUCAUGGUACGAAAUAUACCCUUUUACAAUCCUAAACGAUUACUUUCCUAAGAAAUCACCUUCCAGUGUUGUUAUAUAAAAUGCUACUGAAGGACACCAUUCAAAGACAGUAAGUUUUAUGCCGGGCAGUGACAAUAAUGCCAAAAUAAAAUUGGCUACUUGAAAUUUUGAGAUGCCUGCUUUUCCUUUAUAAUAAUGUACCUCAAAGCCUGAAAGAGCUGACUGUAUAACCGGAUAGGAACCGUUUUGGAAUGUAAUCCAUCGAAUCGACUCUGAAUUCCUAUUGCUUCUUGAGCUUAAAUGUUUUGUGCACACCUUUUAAAAUUGUAUUGGAAGUUGUCAAAGUGGAUUUAAAUACAUGAAAAGCUCUAUGACUUUUAGAAUGAGGGUCUCCACAACAUUAAAGGAACACAGUUGUCGUCACGGACUUGGUUCCUCAUGGGUGGUUGUGGGUGGUGGAGAUGUGAAUGGCUUACAAAAACGUAUAUACAUUAUUUUGUAAAAAGCUUGUAUUAAAUGCUUGUUCUAUGAACAGUUCGGUACUAAGCCAUUGUUCAGAUCCGGGAAUGCUGGGUUUUGUAAAUUGAUUAUUAACUAUACCUCAAUAUAACGAACAUUUUUGUUGUCUUCUCGAAAAUUCGUUAAAUCGAGGUGUUCGAUAUAACGAACCCUCGAUACAACUAACAAAUUUCCCCAAUCCCUUGCCACUUCGUUAAAUCGAGGUUCUACUGUAAUCGCCGACUGUUUUCGUCCAUUUUUUUCACAGAGGCGGAUUCUUUAAAGGCCGCGAACUCCUUGGAAACAAAGCGCCAGGCUUUUCAUGGGACGGAAAGCAUAACAGUGGACCAUAAAGGUAUUGUGAAAGACUUAUAAUCAAUGAAAUCACGGGUGAUGUUGCCUAUGAACGAGUGUUCAUCAGCAAAAGGGAUUCUGUGUGGUACAUACCUGUACAUGCAUAAGUACACAUAACUUUACACACGUAAUUGAUACAUGUAUAAGAUGUGGUUUAAACGUUGGACAUCACAUGUGCCGGACUGAAUGCAUAAACUAUUUUACUACUAAAUAAAUAUAGCAGUACACGGUGCUCUUCCUUUUCAUCUAUCGAGCCAUCUGGGAAGAAUAAUUAAAGCACAUUCACAAUAUCAAUCUUCAUAUACACACUACCUCGUUGCUGAAAAGUUUUAACGUUUUUUACCUAUAUUUAAACUGAAGUAGUGGAAAUUGUGAAAUUACUCAAUAAAAAAAUUCCCCACCUCUUAGCAGACCUUUGAUGAAAAUAUUCCACACUGACUGACUGAGCCUUAUGUUUCAAUGAAAUUAUUUUUUGUAACCAUGGUUUGUUUUCGCAGAGCCUUUUAUGGAAAAUGACAGUAAGCCAAGAAUGUUCUCCCAUGUUGGCGAGAAGCUCGUUUCAGAAACGUCUGUUGAUAGUAACUGUCAGAAAAAAACUGAUGCUGUACCAGGAAAUCAAACUAAAAUAUUUACAGUUAACGUCUCUCAGUCUCAAAACAGCCGUAAGCGUAAAAAUUCAGAAUCUUCUGGUGAUCCAGGUAAACAAUAACAUGAUUUGUUUUCCUUGCUAUUGUCUACUAGUUUAUCUGUAAAGAAUAGAGUAAUUGUUAGGUUACCCAAAGGUGCAUUUUUCCACAGAACUUGUUACCGUUACACUGUAAUAGUAUAGUGUAUGUAGUGUAAUUCAUUACCCAUUUUAUUUACCAACUCUGGUUUAACACCACAUUUUAUCCUGGAUUCCGAGAAUACUUCAAAUCUUGUAGCCUUAGAAAACAGCCGACGUGUCACUACCGUGACAUCAGUAUGGAACUAAUUUCCGUGUUCGUUCUGUUUCUCAGACGUCAUUUCGUAAAGGAACAAGGCCGGGGUGUCGUCGCGAAAUGUCGGCUGUUUUCUGAGGGUACAAAUCUGGGAACCAAUGCAAGGUGUUGACUUUCGAGCGAUGUAUAGUAUUCUAGAAUACAUUUCUCGCGAUAUUUUGGGUUUCAUUAAUAAAGACAUUUAUUUCUCGGCGCGUUUUCUAUGUUUCAGAAAUUACUACAAAGCAUUUUUUUCAAGACCUUAAUGAUGAAAAGAGUAAAGUAGUCCACGAUACUUUACAACGACAAAUACAAUUGUACUUCCAACAUCGUAUCAUUGCAACCCCAGAAGGAGUGUCUGGCCUGAUUGAAUAUAUAAAGGGAACGCACAACAUGGCCUUGCAAUCUGUGGGUAUAGGAUCUCUAGAAAUGACAUUUCGGUGCCCCUCCUUGGAGAGCCUUGAAAGUUUGUGGAGUGACUAUCAGUCUGGUCACCUUAAUGACGUUGCCGAGAGAUACCUUGUGACUGAUGACAUAAAGAAGAAACUGAACUUGGAGAGUAUCGGGCUGGAGACAACUAUUGAAGAAGAAAACUACCUGAUUUGUAAGGAACUUCUAUUGGAAAAAUCAUGUAAGCCUGAAAGCUCUUUAUAAGAAAUUGACUUCAAUUUAAACUAUUAAACCUAGAAGUUCUCAUUGAGAAGGGAAGUACUGCCGUUAGUUGCGAUGCGAAUAGGACAAAGGCAGUAUGUAAAACAGUUUAACAUAUGAAUUUUUAACUUAGACUUGUUAGAAUUAUGAAGCACUCAGAGCGAAAUAUAAAAAAUGAACCGAACACAAAUGACAAAUAUCCUUACAUUCAGAUAACUCGUUUCAAUAUGAUUUUGUAAUUCAUUUUAAUCAUUCACUAAAUGCUAAAACAACGACAGUGCUGAUAGGCUGUUUCUUUAUCGAACAACCCAUGUAAUCUUUGGUCGCAUCGCUGACGAUCAUCGCACACAUAGCGAGGAGAGUUGUGAAGGCCAGAACUUGUUAAUUCACAGGUCAGGUAGACGUACAGCACAUGCCGUUCACCUAUUUAACUUACAAUCCUGAUUCCCGAGAUAACGAUCUGUGUGACAAAAGAAUAGUGUACUCGCUAUAACUAAUCUUGAAAAAUAUAAACCGAGAAAAAAAAUGUUCAGUACAAUACUUCUUGAACUGUUCUUACCGUUUGGGCCGUUAAAAAGGCAGCAAACAUCCGAUGGACUACGAUUUCUGGCGCACUGAUCUUAUUUAAAUACCGGGAACAAAACAAAAUGGCGGGUUACUCCUAAGAGAAAAACAGGCGCCGCAGCUACGCACUUGCCUUAAACAAACCGCCCACUGCAAAGCGCUACAGUCACAGACUGAUUGAACAUCGAACCAUUGAACCAAAAAUCUCAAAUCGCUCAAGAAUAUGGUCUGCUGCCGGCUAAUGUCCGGCAGCAACAAUUGAAAACUGAAAUCAGUGACCUGAGAAUACAAUUUGCUCACAGAAGGCCACAAUAGACCUUUUUACGGAUUCGGCGGCCAUAUUGAAUUAAUUCGAUUUAAGGAGUAUUAUAGGAUGCCCAGGGGGCAUUAGCACAUUUCGUUUGUAUUUUCGAGCGCUUUUAAGGACAUUUUUUCUUAAAGUUUUCUUAGAAUAAGAUUGUAAUGGGAAAAAAGAUCUUUGUACCGCGUUUGGAUGUAAUAAUGAUAGCCUUUUUUUCCGAGAAAUAUACAGUGAAAGAUUAUAUUUCUAAUACUAAACUAGAAAAAGGCGACCAUUAGUACGUCCAAACACGGCACAAGGAUCUUUUUUCCCAUUACAAUCUUAUUCUAAGAAAACUUUGAGAAAAAAUUUCCCGAAAAGCGCUCGAAAAUACAAACGAAAUGUGCUCAUGCCCCCCGGGCAUCCUAUAAUACUCCUCCAAUCGAAUUAAUUCAAUAUGGCCGCCGUAUCGGUAAAAAGGUCUACAGGUUACCUUCUCUACUUAAAACCCUGAUAAAAAUGCUGUUUUUUUGUUAUAGCCUCUGCUGCAUUUCUACAGCAGCUAUCUUAGAUCAAAAGAGUCAUAGGUCAGUUGCAAGGGGGAGGGGGUCUUAAAUAUGCGAACGAUAGAAAAUCUCCCAAGUUUGUUAUUACUUUCCUGAAACUGUUUGCAAUAAAUUGACAGUGCAUGAGAAAUUAGUUGACCUCGAUAAAAAUUCACGGCAAAGAAGAAAUAAAAACGUUAUGUUUACAGUGUAUAAUUGCUCUCAGUUGAAUUCUUUGGAUUCUCAUAUUUCCUCUCAAACUAGCCUUUAAUAUUUUAAAAUCAGGCCAGCAAGUGAAACAGGUGAAUGUUUGUAUAGGGUUUACACUUUUCAUGUUGCGUACAGUACUUUUACCUGCUGUGAGUAUUAUUUUUGUAACAGUACAUUCACACUAGAUGUUAUUUAGUAGUGAUUUGUCUCUUUCAGCCGAAUCGGAUCAAGAGACAGCUUCACUAACGAUUGACAAAAGCCCAGAUAAAUGUGAGGUAGGCCGCUUUGUACAUACGAUUAAAACUGAAAAUAGGUAAAGACCUAGAAGAUAAAAAAUCGAGCAGUGCGUCUUGGCUGGUUGUUAAAGUAUCGAGCCCCAUAGCUAAGAAAACUUCGUUAUCUGUCCACAGCCAAAAUUUUUAGUAGCCACUUUACACUGCAGUGUUAAGGGAAUGGUAAUGAAAAUAUGUUCAUCGCGUCAGUCUUAUUUUAUGAGGGUUGUAAUCUGCCUUUUUGUUUUUGCGCAAAGCGAUCGCGAGCGGAGCCCCGUAGCUAAGAAAAUUCGGUUGUUUAUCCACAGCCAAAAUUUUAGUAGUCACUUGACCGUACGUUUGCCCGUCUGUCUGUACCACAGGGAAAGCAAUGUAAAUUGUCACUCUCUCUGGCUAGUAUGGGAGCCUGCAACCUGAUAUUGCACAUAUAUGUUGUGGUGAAUUGACAGCUGUCAAAACAGGGCAUCCACUGAUCGAAUUUACUGAUACUGAUCAGUAUCACAUGACUAUGUCGUGGGCUCAGUUGUCGACCCAUCAUGGACGGUAGGUACGUGGUGUAAGCAUCAUAUAGUGGUUCCCCAUUAGCUAAUAUAUGGCAUAAAUUGCUCUCACUAGCAUUACAUCGCCCUACAUAGCACUACAUAGCCCUACAUAGCACUACAUAGCCCUACAUAGCCCUACACAGCCCUACAUAGCCCUACACAGCCCUACAUAACCAUACAUAGCCCUACAUAGCCCUACAUAGCCAUACAUAGCCCUACAUAGCCCUACAUAGCCCUACAUAGCCCUACACAGCCCUACACAGCCCUACAUAGCCAUACACAGCCAUACAUAGCCCUACAUAGCCCUACAUAGCCCUACAUAGCCCUACACAGCCCUACACAGCCCUACACAGCCCUACAUAGCCAUACACAGCCAUACAUAGCCCUACAUGGCCCUACAUAGCCCUACAUAGCCCUACAUAGCCCUACAUAGCCCUACACAGCCCUACACAGCCCUACAUAGCCAUACACAGCCAUACAUAGCCCUACAUAACCAUACAUAGCCCUACAUAGCCUACAUAGCCCUACACAGCUCUACACAGCCCUACAUAGCCAUACACAGCCAUACACAGCCCUACACAGCCAUACAUAGCCCUACAUAGCCCUACAUAGCCAUACACAGCCAUACACAGCCCUACACAGCCAUACAUAGCCCUACAUAGCCAUACAUAGCCCUACAUAGCCCUACAUAGCCAUACACAGCCCUACAUAGCCCUACAUAGCCAUACACAGCCAUACAUAGCCAUACACAGCCCUACACAGCCAUACAUAGCCCUACAUAACCAUACACAGCCCUACAUAGCCAUACAUAGCCAUACAUAGCCCUACAUAGCCCUACAUAGCCAUACACAGCCCUACAUAGCCAUACAUAGCCCUACAUAGCCAUACAUAGCCAUACAUAGCCAUACAUAGCCAUACAUAGCCCUACAUAACCAUACACAGCCCUACAUAGCCAUACAUAGCCCUACAUAGCCCUACAUAGCCCUACAUAGCCCUACAUAGCCCUACAUAGCCCUACAUAGCCAUACAUAGCCCUACAUAGCCAUACACAGCCAUACACAGCCAUACAUAGCCCUACAUAGCCAUACACAGCCAUACAUAGCCAUACACAGCCCUACACAGCCAUACAUAGCCCUACAUAACCAUACACAGCCCUACAUAGCCAUACAUAGCCAUACAUAGCCAUACAUAGCCCUACAUAGCCCUACAUAGCCAUACAUAGCCCUACAUAACCAUACAUAGCCCUACAUAGCCCUACACAGCCCUACAUAGCCAUACACAGCCCUACAUAGCCAUACAUAGCCCUACAUAGCCAUACACAGCCCUACACAACCAUACAUAGCCCUACAUAACCAUACACAGCCCUACACAGCCAUACAUAGCCCUACACUGCCAUACAUAGCCCUACAUAGCCAUACAUAGCCCUACAUAGCCGUACAUAGCCCUACAUAGCCAUACACAGCCAUACAUAGCCCUACAUAGCCCUACAUAGCCAUACACAGCCCUACACAGCCAUACAUAGCCCUACAUAACCAUACAUAGCCAUACAUAGCCCUACAUAGCCAUACAUAGCCAUACAUAGCCCUACAUAGCCAUACAUAGCCCUACAUAACCAUACAUAGCCAUACAUAGCCCUACAUAACCAUACAUAGCCCUACACAGCCCUACAUAGCCCUACAUAACCAUACACAGCCCUACAUAGCCCUACAUAGCCAUACACAGACCUACAUAGCCCUACAUAGCCCUACAUAGCCCUACAUAGCCCUACAUAGCCAUACAUAGCCCUACACAGCCAUACAUAGCCCUACAUAGCCAUACUUAGCCCUACAUAGCCCUACAUAGCCCUACAUAGCCAUACACAGCCCUACACAGCCAUACAUAGCCCUACAUAACCAUACACAGCCCUACAUAGCCAUACAUAGCCAUACAUAGCCAUACAUAGCCCUACAUAGCCAUACAUAGCCCUACAUAACCAUACAUAGCCCUACACAGCCCUACAUAGCCCUACAUAACCAUACACAGCCCUACAUAGCCCUACAUAGCCAUACACAGACCUACAUAGCCAUACAUAGCCCUACAUAGCCAUACAUAGCCAUACAUAGCCAUACAUAGCCAUACACAGCCAUACAUAGCCAUACAUAGCCCUACAUAGCCAUACAUAGCCCCUACACAGCCCUACAUAGCCCUACAUAACCAUACAUAGCCCGACAUAACCAUGCAUAGCCCUACAUAGCCCUACAUAGCCCUACAUAGCCAUACAUAGCCCUACAUAGCCCCAGCUCUACACAGCCCCUACAUAGCCAUACACAGCCAUACACAGCCCUACACAGCCCUACAUAGCCCUACAUAGCCAUACAUAGCCCUACAUAGCCCUACUAACCAUACAGCCCCACAUAGCCCUAGCCAUACAUAGCCAUACAUAUAGCCAUACACAGCCAUACACAGCCAUACAUAGCUUUACAUAUAUAUAUAUCGAACACAGGUAGCUGGAGACUGAUGACCGCGGAAAUUUGCGGGUUUUUACUCCCGCUCGAAUUAUAGAUGGGUGUAAUAAGACCACCCCAUUAGGUCUCAGGCAUGGUACAGGCAUCAAUAUGUAAAGACUAGCUUUUACCAUUUUACUUCUAAUUUAUCCGAAAAUUGGCGGGGUUAAGAGAUUCAUUAGAAUGAAGAGUUUGGAAAUAUUUCAGCCACUUUUUCUCUGAGAUUGAUAGGACAUCCUCUCUCGUACAUAACCCUACAUACCCCGACAGAUUUCAGGUAUUAAGAAAUUCAGUACAUACUGGGAGAUUUUAAUUUUUAAUUUUCUUUCAAAUCCCUUAGAGGUUCACACUAUCCAUCUAUUGGACUUCAUGGUUGAAUAUUGAUUGACACAAUUCAUCAAAGAACCUACAGAGUUUAUGCCAAAUCGUAUACUCGUAUUGAUGUAUUUAUUACAUGUACACCCCGGGGGUGACACUCUCAUAAAAUUGAAGGGGAUGCUCAUCGUUUCCCUUAGUGCUGUAAAUUGCCGAUUUUGGUGUCACCUAAAGUUAUUUUAGACACUAUAUUUGAUCAUGUCUGUGCAUAAACAAAUUCCGUGACACUGACCUAUAGAUGUCUGUUUUAGUAGGGAAAUCCACACCCCCGCUCGUCUCCUUAGGGGUUAGUAAUUUAACUUUCCCACACCCCACCUAGUGAUACACAUCAUCAGAUCUUGAUCGCUAAAACGCCGCAUAAUUGUCGACACCAAUGGAUGUGACUAAAUAAAGCAACUAGUGAUUCCACACCUAGCUGUGCAAUAGACCCUUCGUUGUUCAUUCUAUUCUUCACCUUUUCAUGAAGGGACAACUCCGCAAAGUCCGCUAUAAAGUGCGGCUUUGAAUUAGUUAAAUCAGUCACUAGGUUUGAACGUGAUUUCUUGUAAACUAACCAAGAUGUAGCUUCUCGAAGGAACGAAAUUUUAAGAAAUCUUAUGGCGAAAUUUUAAAUUUUUUUUUUGGGGGGGGGGAGGCAAACUUACCCGCCACCAUACAAACAUGACAUAUCACUUUAAAAUUUGGCAGUCUUACUAACUUUGAGGCUUCUUUCUAGUAGUAUUGACAGAUUUUAUCGUUACUGGUCCAUGUCAAAAUUGGAAAAAGCGUUGAAAGGGCUAUCCACACACGUUCCACCGGGAUGCGAACUUUGACAAAUAUAAAAAGCAUUAUCUGCGUGGUACAACCGGAAUAGAAAAAAGUGAUGGAGGGAGUUGUAUCCGGCUGUUUUCGCUGUAAUAUAAAUGGGCCCAUGUCUGUAGCCUCCACUGUAGACGAUCUUAGGUGUUUCGUCACGCGUUCCUCGGGCAGGAACGCAUGACGAACCCCUAAAAACGUUUUCGGGGAGGCUACUAUAUCUGAGGCUGAGGGGUUAUUUUUACUAACUCGGAAUUUAGAGGCGUGUGCCGCCAGGGGUUCUUUCUGUAACGUUUGGGUUACGAUUACUCGUGACUCGUUGAAAUGGAAAACGGGUUGUAGAUAGUUAUUUAUAAAAUUCGCAUUUGACAGUCGAACCGCAUACUUUACUAUUUGGGGUGGCAGAAAAACAAAUCCAGACUUGUUUUUUUUAUCAGGUGCUCCCAACGAGUGUUUUCGGCUAACUUCCUUCCCUAGGAUAUAAUUUGGGCGUCAUGGUUUCUCACACGAUUAUUCUUGAGUUCAGAUGGUAGGGAAGGGAACAGAGCGGGAAAAAACGGCGAGAAUGAACGUCCAAAGUUGCUUCAUUAACCAACUCGGCUUUAAAAAGUUGCUUUAUUAUUGGUUUAUUCAACAAUCUAACUACUAAGUUGUAAAAUAAUCCUUAAAAAAAUCCGUUUGCGUAUUGAUCGAUCCUGAGUGACAAAAUAUUGCCACAAUCGUGCUACAGUUUCACACAAUAUAUCAACGUUUCUUCUUUGAAACGUCCGCUAAAACUUCAGAAACAUCCUCAGGAAAAUUAAGGCAUGGGCCCCAAAAUGAUUCAGUCAAAAAAAGAUGGGGGUGGUCUGUCUCUGACACUUAAGCACUAGAAAGAUGAGACUUUGCCAGAUACAUGUGUGGUUUCUGUCAAUUUGGUGUUUUCCAAUCAUACAAAUGUUGUCACUCCAUACUGUCAGAAACCAAUAAAAAAUCUUCCAACAAAAAUGGCAACUCUGGUUGUUGUGAGUCAUAACACCUAACUGGUUUAGGAUAAUGUGUAAUUCAAGCACCUACAAAACUGUGCUUGGCCUUUUUUGAAUUUUUUACUGUUCUAGAAAAUAAACGGUUUUUUCAACUAGAAGCACAGAAGUGAUAAUAUAUUAAACGGCCUUAACAUUAUGCAACCGGUAAAAAAGUUGAGGACACACGAAAAAGCGUUGCCUUUUCAAGAGCAAUCUUUUUCAGCCAGUGGAGGUCACGUUACCUAAUUAGCACAUUAAGCCGAAAAAAAAAACAUUUUCAAAUGGUAUGAGGCAUCACUCAAAUGACAAUUAUAAAGGUGAACCUUUCUUAACAACUUUCUUUAAGGUCGCCCGAACCUUUUUAUAUGUGCGUUCGUUAUGUUUUUGAAUCGCGUUUCUCGGCAGCAAUGAAUUAACCGAUUUCUAUGAUUUUGGCAUCCUUAAUAAAGAAUGGUCCAACUUUAAGAAAAGGUUAUUUAUUUUCUUGAAGGUAUAAACACGUUUGAGAUAUCGGCAUAUGGUUAAAACCCCAUUUUACAAAAAAAUGCCAAUUAUUUCGAAACCCGAAGACAGACAGAUAACCAACGCGCAUAUAAAUAGGUUUGGGCCACCUUAACAAGUUCAACAUGUUGUGGACCACAUAGGUUUUUACUUUGAUUGAACUAUAUCUUUUCAGUAGCUUUAAUGAAAUAGAUGAGACGGCACUGGAUCAACGUUUUCUUCUUUGUCUCUUUCCUGUGCAAUAAAAUAUGUGAAAUUAGUGAAGUGGCUACUUGAACAUUAACAAAAGUAGGUACUUGUGGCAUCAAUGUAUUGUUUAACAGCAAGGAGCCUAAAAGAAAAGUUAUAGGGGGGAUGGAAUUUUCGAGCCGCAAUAAUUUUUUUUCGUUAUCAAAUUCCUUGUAUGAAUAUUUUUUAGGGUUAAUUGGCGUGCAAGAAUUUUUUUUCAUAUAAUUUUCCCUAUCGCGAAUUUUUUUUUGUACUUCGCCCGCCCCCCAAUAAGUUUUCUAAUGGUCCGUCCCUAAUUCACAUUCUUCCUUCCAGACAUUAACCAAUCAGAAGUCGAGGACAGUUUCCAAAAUUACGUGCAACAAUUAACAGAUUAAAAUAAUAAAAAUAAUAGUCGACGAUUAAUUCUUUUCAACAAAUAAAAGUGCUGGUCAAACAAAAGCUGACGUUACCUGUUUGAACUCCAGGAUGCUGAGCAUAUGCCAGAGACGAGACUUGGCGACUACCUGCCAGGGAUUCAAGUAAAAUAUUCUGAGAUAUUGAUUCUAUUUCAUAGCUUUUGUGGAUGCUUGCUGUCUUUUAUUUCCACUACUUUUGAUAGAGCCAUCCGAAAAAAAAAUGACGUCCGAGAAGAAAGUGCAUAUGGUUGCAGUUACUUAUAAAUACGGUUUUAAUUUAGGCAAUGGAAGGAGUGUGUUCUGUAAAGUCUUGUUGCUUAAAGCUUAAAAAAGCAAUUUAAAAAUAAAGAACAGAAGAUAGAGUAAGCGAGGAAAAUGAAGACAUUUGAACGAAGGUACAGUUACCCCACCCAAUUACAAUUACCUUUUCUCUUUCCCUUUUGUUUCUUCUUUUCCUGGUUGUUAGAAUCUUCUACUGUUGAAAGUAAGGCACGACGUUAACGUAAGUUGGUAUUUAUGGCCUCAUGGUCAUUAGCCUUAAAAACGUUUAACUACUUCGGCAUGCGUUAUACAGGUAUUUCGUAGGACAGCACAUUUUAUGACAUAACAAUACAGUAACCACAAUGACGCCAAUUAAUUGAUUCACUAUAUUAUAUGUCAAAGAAGGUUUAAAAUGUCGGCGUGUAAUCUCGAAAAAUGUAAGUGAUCAAAACCCAUAGCGAACCCAACCCAAACCGACAGGAGCUUAAUCACAAAAGUCUGGUGUGACUGUACCUAACAAAUGAAAUGAAACCCUGCAAAUUAGGGCUGUUAACAUAACCCGGGUCGAUCAAACAGCGAAAAAAUACGAUAGUGAGGAUCCAUAGUUGGCUUUACCUUGAGUUGCAGCUCGUAGUAACAAUUCGUCAUCCAACUCCUAGAGACAGAUAUAUGCAUUAUUUAAAUUACACUGUACACCACUACACCGCAAAUGCUAGGUAAAUAAUUAUUAACAUUCUUGCUAGCAAGAAACAUGAGUGUCUUAAGUGUAUAUAUUAAUACUGAAACUAGUUGCAGAAUUAAAAUGUAGACAUUCUAAGGCCCGGUUCAGACGCCCAUCUUUUCACGAGGCGAACCUAAUACAAUGAAUUAAGUACAUGAACAGUUCGACGUCUGAACCAAUUCAGGCGGUCUAAAUUGUUUGGAUCGACCUUAAUUCGAAUUAGGAACUCGGCUCACGAAAAGUUCGGCGUCCCAACCGGACCUAAUCAUUACUAAUUUUGAUCUCUUAAAUUGUUUUGACUAAAAUUAUGAGUGUUCUGAUCUGUCAAGGAAAAAAAUAAAAACGAAAAAAGAAUAAGAAAAGAGGAUGACCCACUAGGAUUAUCGUUAGUCAGUCAGAGAUACUCGAGGAAUAGAUAUUAAUUUGUAUUACUAUGAAGUAUGUUUACCAUUUUCUCUCUUUCUUCUGCAUCAAUAUACUCUUCUUCACGAUCUUAAGAAAACAAAAAAUGAAAUAUUUUAAUGGCUUGGACCGGCUGAGGUUAUGUACACAUUACUGAAAUAGGACUGUUCAACCAGUAAACCAUCUUCAGUCUCGACCAACCAAACAAGCACCAACAACAAACUAUGAAACACCAACAACAAACUAAGAAACUAAAGAAACAACAAACUGUGAAACUAAGCAAAGCGUUACCUUCGCUUUUCUUUAUGUCAUUUUCCUCUGAAGUUCAAGCAGAACCCUGUAGGUUAACAACGAUAUAUAUUUCGAACUUCAAUAAUUUUGCACAUAAUAAGCCUAAUGAACAAGCUAACUCUGAUAUAAGGGUUGUGUUUUCCAGAAUUUGGUACAUCUGACAUACUGUACAAAAAUUGUUCUUCACUUUUGAAGUAUUAAUCAAUAUUUUCUUUUACUGAAAAGAUAAAAUCAAUAAAAUAGGUAAUUUAUUCCCAAACUCUACCAUUCUGGCUGGAAUUCAAUUUGAAAAUGUCAGGUUUUGAGGAGAGGGAAAAUCGCAAAAUGGCAUUGGAGCUCAAGGCUUUGAAUUCCGGCCACAAUCAGUGAUGGGAGGCGAAUGUUCUCACCACUGCACCACCCAUACUCCCAGUACAAUACCACUGUACAGAGAAUAUUAUACAAAAUAAUAUCACCUCUGCCUCUCCUAUAGGCCUCCUCGGGGUUCUUGCACUUGACGCUUUAGUUGAAAAAAAAAAUAUCUUGAUUAAAACAUAUCAGCCCACUAUUAGCGAAAAGCGCCAGCUUUGAAAAUCAAGACAAUGGCAUAUGUAUGGCUAUGUAUGUCUAUGUAUAGCUAUAUUUAAGCAACAGAAAACGUUUUCUGUUGGCAUAGUUCCAAACACAGGAAAUAAGCUUUCCAUUGCUUUUAUAAAAUAACUUUCCUGAGAAAAAACACAACACUGUUUGUACGGCACUGAUUAAAAGAUAAAUUCCAACCAGUCGCAAAGUCUUGUCCACAAAGUGUUGUGCACGUGUAACUAGUUAUGGUUAUGGAGGUCUGUGUAGGGCUAUGUAGGGCUAUGUAUGGCUGUGUAUGGCUAUGUAUGGCUAUGUAGGGCUAUGUAGGGGUAUGUAGGGCUGUGUAUGGCUAUGUAGGGCUGUGUAGGGCUGUUUAGGGCUAUGUAGGGCUGUGUGUAUGUGUGUAGGGCUGUAUGGCUAUGUGGGGCUAUGUAUGGGGUAUGGCUGUAUAGCUAUGUAGGGGCUAUGUAGGGCUAUGUAGGGCUAUGUAGGGCUGUGUAUGGCUGUGUAUGGCUGUGUGGGGCUAUGUAUGUAGGGCUAUGUGGCUGUGUGGCUGUGUAUGGCUGUGUGUAGCUAUGUAUGGCUGUGUAGGGCUAUGUAUGGCUGUGUAUGCUGUGUAUCUAUGUAGGGGCUAUGUAUGGCUAUAUGUAUGGCUAUGUAUGGCUAUGUGCGCUAUGGCUGUGUAUGGCUAUGUAUGGCUGUGUAUGGCUAUGUAUGGCUGUGUAUAGCUGUGUAUAUCUGUGUAUGGCUAUGUAUGGCUAUGUAUAGCUAUGUAUGGCUAUGUAUAGCUAUGUAUGGCUAUGUAUGGCUAUGUAUGGCUGUGUAUGGCUGUGUAUGGCUGUGUAUCUGGCUGUGUAUAUCUGUGUAUGGCUGUGUAGGGCUAUGUAUGCUAUGUAUGGCUAUGUAUCUAUGUAUGGCUAUGUAUCUAUGUAUGGCUAUGUAUCUAUGUAGGGCUAUGUAUGUAUGUAUAUGGCUAUGUAGGGCUAUGUAUCUAUGUGUAUAUGUAUGGCUAUGUAUGGCUAUAUGUAUGGCUAUGUAGGGCUAUGUAUAGCUAUGUAGGGCUGUAUGGCUAUGUAUCUAUAACUAUGUAUGGCUAUGUAGGGCUAUGUAUCUAUGUAUAGCUAUGUAUGGCUAUGUAUAUAUAGGGUUAUGUAUAGUUAUGUAGGAGCUAUGUAUAUCUGGUAUAUCUAUGUAUGGCUGUAUGGCUAUGCUAUGUAUAUAUGUGUAUCUGUGUAUAGCUAUGUAGGGCUAUGUAGGGCUGUGUAGGGCUAUGUAUCUAUGCUAUGUAUGGCUAUGUAUGGGCUAUGUAGGGCUAUGUAUGGGCUAUGUAUGUAGGCUAUGUAGGGCUGUAUAUGGCUGUAUAGGGCUAUGUAUGGCUAUGUGUAUGGCUAUGUAUGGUUAUGUAGGGCUAUGUAUAUGGCUAUGUAUGGCUAUGUAUAUCUAUGUAGGGAGCUAUGUAUAGCUAUAUAGGGCUAUGUAGGGCUAUGUAGGGCUGUGUAGCUAUGUAGGGCUAUGUAGGGCUAUGUAUGGGCUAUGUAAAGGCUAUGUAUGGCUAUGUAUCUGUGGGCUAUGUAUGGCUAUGUAUGGCUAUGUAGGGCUAUGUAUGGCUAUGUAGGGCUAUGUAUAUCUAUGUAUGUAUGGCUAUGUAUGGCUAUGUAGGGCUAUGUAUAUGUGUAGGGCUAUGUAUCUAUAUGUAUCUAUGUAGGGCUAUGUGGGGCUAUGUAUGUAUGUAUAUGGCUAUGUAGGGCUAUGUAGGGCUAUGUAGGGCUAUGUAUGGCUAUGCUAUGUAUAUGCUAUGUAGGGCUAUGUAUGGCUGUGUAGGGCUAUAUGUAUAUCUAUGUAUGUAGGGCUAUGUAGGGCUAUGUAGGGCUAUGUAUGGCUAUGUAGGGCUAUGUAGGGCUAUGUAGGGCUAUGUAGGGCUGUGUAGGGCUAUGUAGGGCUAUGUAGGGCUAUGUAUGGCUAUGUAGGGCUAUGUAGGGCUAUGUAUGGCUAUGUAGGGCUAUGUAUGGCUAUGUAGGGCUAUGUAGGGCUAUGUAUGGCUAUGUAGGGCUAUGUAGGGCUAUGUAGGGCUAUGUAGGGCUAUGUAUGGCUAUGUAGGGCUAUGUAGGGCUAUGUAUGGCUAUGUAUGGCUAUGUAGGGCUGUGUAUGGCUAUGUAGGGCUGUGUAGGGCUAUGUAGGGCUAUGUAGGGCUAUGUAUGGGCUAUGUAGGGCUAUGUAUGGCUAUGUAGGGCUAUGUAGGGCUAUGUAUGGCUAUGUAUGGCUAUGUAGGGCUAUGUAUGGCUAUGUAGGGCUAUGUAUGGCUAUGUAGGGCUAUGUAGGGCUAUGUAGGGCUAUGUAGGGCUAUGUAUGGCUAUGUAGGGCUAUGUAGGGCUAUGUAGGGCUAUGUAUGGCUAUGUAGGGCUAUGUAUGGCUAUGUAGGGCUAUGUAUGGCUAUGUAGGGCUAUGUAUGGUUAUGUAGGGCUAUGUAUGGCUGUGUAUGGCUAUGUAUAGCUGUGUAGGGCUGUGUAUAGCUAUGUAGGGCUGUGUGUAGCUAUGUAGGGCUGUGUAGGGCUGUGUAGGGCUAUGUAUAGCUAUGUGGGGCUAUGUAUGGCUAUGUAUGGCUAUGUAUAGGCUAUGUAUAGCUAUGUAGCUAUAUGUAUCUAUAUAGUAUGUAGGAGCUGUAUAGCUAUGUAGGGCUAUGUAUAGCUAUGUAUAGCUAUGUAUGGUUAUGUAGGGCUAUGUAUGGCUGUGUAAGCUAUGUAGGGCUAUGUAUCUGUGUAUGGCUAUGUAUGGCUAUGUAGGGCUAUGUAGGGGCUAUGUAUAGGGCUAUGUAGGGCUAUGUAGGGCUAUGUAUAAUAGCUAUGUAGGGCUAUGUAGGCUAUGUAGCUAUGUAGGGCUAUGUAUCUCUAUGUAUGGCUAUGUAGGGCUAUGUAGGGCUAUGUAAGGCUAUGUAUGGCUAUGUAUGGCUAUGUAGGGCUAUGUAAGGGCUAUGUAGGGCUAUGUAUGGCUAUGUAGGGCUAUGUAUGGCUAUGUAGGGCUAUGUAUGGCUAUGUAGGGCUAUGUAGGGCUAUGUGUAGGGCUAUGUAUGCUAUGUAUGGCUAUGUAGGGCUAUGUAUGGCUAUGUAGGGCUAUGUAUGGGCUAUGUAGGGCUAUGUAGGGCUAUGUAGGGCUAUGUAUGGCUAUGUAGGGCUAUGUAGGGCUAUGUAUGGCUAUGUAGGGCUAUGUAUGGCUAUGUAUGGCUAUGUAGGGGCUAUGUAGGGCUAUGUAGGGCUGUGUAUGGCUAUGUAGGGCUAUGUAUGGCUAUGUAGGGCUAUGUAUGGCUAUGUAGGGCUAUGUAUGGCUAUGUAGGGCUAUGUAGGGCUAUGUAGGGCUAUGUAUGGCUAUGUAGGGCUAUGUAUGGCUAUGUUUGGCUAUGUAUGGCUAUGUAGGGCUAUGUAUGGCUAUGUAUGGCUAUGUAGGGCUAUGUAGGGCUAUGUAUGGCUAUGUAUGGCUAUGUAGGGCUAUGUAGGGCUAUGUAGGGCUAUGUAUGGCUAUGUAGGGCUAUGUAGGGCUAUGUAUGGCUAUGUAGGGCUAUGUAGGGCUAUGUAUGGCUAUGUAUGGCUAUGUAGGGCUAUGUAGGGCUAUGUAUGGCUAUGUAUGGCUAUGUAGGGCUAUGUAGGGCUAUGUAUGGCUAUGUAUGGCUAUGUAGGGCUAUGUAGGGCUAUGUAUGGCUAUGUAGGGCUAUGUAGGGCUAUGUAGGGCUAUGUAUGGCUAUGUAGGGCUAUGUAGGGCUAUGUAGGGCUUUGUAUAGCUGUGUAUUGCUAUGUAGGGCUUUGUAGGGCUAUGUAUAGCUGUGUAUGGUUAUGUAGGGCUAUGUAGGGCUAUGUAGGGCUGUGUAUGGCUAUGUAUGGCUAUGUAGGGCUAUGUAUGGCUAUGUAGGGCUAUGUAUGGCUAUGUAUGGCUGUGUAUGGCUGUGUAGGGCUAUGUAUGGCUAUGUAGGGCUGUGUAGGGCUAUGUAGGGCUAUGUAUGGCUGUGUAGGGCUAUGUAUGGCUAUGUAGGGCUAUGUAGGGCUAUGUAUGGCUAUGUAGGGCUAUGUAUGGCUAUGUAGGGCUAUGUAGGGCUAUGUAUGGCUAUGUAGGGCUAUGUAGGGCUAUGUAUGGCUAUGUAGGGCUAUGUAAAGGCUAUGUAGGGCUAUGUAGGGCUAUGUAGGGCUAUGUAUGGCUAUGUGUAUGCUGUAGGGCUAUGUAGGGCUAUAUGGGGCUAUGUAGGGCUAUGUAUGGCUAUGUAUAGCUAUGUAGGGCUAUGUAGGGCUAUGUAGGGCUAUGGGCUAUGUAGGAGCUAUGUAUGGUUAUGUAGGCUAUGUAUGGCUAUGUAGGGCUAUGUGGGGCUAUGUAGGGCUAUGUAGGAGCUAUAUGUGUAGGGCUGUGUAGGGGCUAUGUAGGGCUAUGUAGGGCUAUGUAUGGCUAUGUAGGGCUAUGUAGGGCUGUGUGGGCUAUGUAUGGCUAUAUGGGGCUGUGUAGGGCUGUGUAGGGCUAUGUAGGGCUAUGUAGGGCUAUGUGUAGCUAUGUAUGCUAUGGGGCUAUGUAGGGCUAUGUAGGAGGGCUAUGUAGGGCUAUGUAGGGCUGUGUAGGGCUAUGUAGGGCUAUGUAGGGCUGUGUAGGGCUAUGUAGGGCUAUGUAGGGCUAUGUAGGGCUAUGUAGGGCUAUGUAGGGCUAUGUAGGGGCUAUGGGCUAUGUAUGGCUAUGUAGGGCUAUGUAUGGCUAUUUAGGGCUAUGGGGCUAUGUAUUAUGUAGGAGCUAUGUAUGGCUGUGUAGGGCUAUGUAGGGCUAUGUGUAGGGCUAUGUAUGUAGGGCUAUGUAGGGCUAUGUAGGGCUGUGUAGGGCUGUGUAGGGCUGUGUAGGGCUAUGUAUGGCUAUGUAGGGCUAUGUAGGGCUAUGUAUGGCUAUGUAGGGCUAUGUAUGGUUAUGUAGGGCUAUGUAGGGCAAUGUAGGGCUGUGUAGGGCUGUGUAGGGUUAUGUAGGGUUAUGUAGGGCUAUGUAGGGCUAUGUAUGGCUAUGUAGGGCUAUGUAUGGUUAUGUAGGGCUAUGUAGGGCUAUGUAUGGCUAUGUAGGGCUAUGUAGGGCUAUGUAUGGCUAUGUAGGGCUAUGUAUGGUUAUGUAGGGCUAUGUAUGGUUAUGUAGGGCUAUGUAGGGCUAUGUAGGGCUAUGUAGGGCUAUGUAGGGAUAUGUAGGGCUGUGUAUGGCUGUGUAUGGCUAUGUAUGGCUGUGUAUGGUUAUGUAGGGCUGUGUAUGGCUAUGUAGGGCUAUGUGGGAUUAUGUAGACUGCUUCUAGUAACUUACGGGGAACCACUAUAUGAUGCUUACACCACGUACCUACCUCAUGGACAGGAGUUUUUUUUAAGUUCUCCGCUGAAAAGGUAUUCAUUCUCAACUGAUGGCAGGCUCAUUUCUUUGCGAUGGUUACAAAAUAAUUGUUUGAAGUAAAUGUAAUAGUUACAUGAGAUUCGUCUUUAGCCUCGGCUAAAUCUUUAUAUUGACUCAAUUAAAGUAUCAUUGUUUUCUAAAACCAUAAGACAACUUUGAAAAGAAAGUGUCGCUAGGUGGCUUUUAAUUAGUUGGAUGUCCUAUUUUGUCUGUAGAAGUGCUUCUUUAUAAAACUUUCGGCUUUUAAAAUAUUGCAGAACCGUUUGUAAAUAUAGUUGUUAAUCAUUCUAGGACAAGAAGCAGGUCCUGACCCAUACGGAGAGAGCCGAGAAGGCAAAAGUAAGUUCAGUGAGAUAUGUAUUGAAAGAUUGGAAAAUGCCAAAUUGAUAACCGGCUGAGUUUGAUUAGUGUACAAGUCGUUACCAUUCUGGCAUUUUUGGCAGGCCAGGAGUUUAUUUUGAAUUGCAGCGUAACGAACCCUUUCACAGUAGGACACCCAGGGGGACGUUUGCUUAGGUCUGAGUUAAUAUCUCCAGUAUCCAAACAGAUACAAAUAAUAUAGUUUUCGAAUGGACCGACAUUUACCAGUGAAUCUCGGUAAAGGUUGUUAUGUCAUAACAAAUAACCGAGAGGAUGGUUUGUAGACUGGUGGAAUUGGAUUUUAUCAACUGGUGUGAUUUAAAUUGAUCCUUUCUUAAUUACUGUCUCGUUACUCGAUAUGUUUUUAAUCAGGCGUCGAGAGGCUCUCUACACAAGGCUGCUGUCAGUGGAGAGUACAAGACAGUCAAAAUGCUUCUUGAAAGUGGUGAAGAUGUGGAUCAAAGAGAUCAGGUUUUAGUCUUCUCCAGUUUAUGUAAAUUUUGUGCGAAGCCUCAAGCCCGACUUCUCGCUUUCGCUUGGCUUGGGGAUUCUUACUUUCUUUAAUUAAAGAAUAAGAUAAUGAAAUUAAAUCUUGCGCUAAUGUUUCCUUAAAGGCUAGUUUUCUCUAGCGAUCGAAUCGAAGUUGUAAUCAGAAUAGAACUUUACGGUCUAGUGAAAUCACCGCUCUGAUUCCGUUUACGACUCCGUCACUUACGAUCAAGUGAAAACUAGGCCGUCGGAGUGGCAAGCGGAAGCAGAAGAACUAAGCCAAUCACAAAGCGUGGGAACGUCAUUGUGAUUGGUUUACCCUUCCACUUCUGCUUCAGACUCCUACAUCUGGUUUUCACUUUAUCAUAAGCGACGGAGUUUUUGGCGGAAUCGGAAGAAAAUGGAAACUUUCUGAUUCUUCCGACUCCGAUUCCGUCGCUCUUAAGACUUCGCUUACGAUUCCGAUUCCGACUCCGUCGCUAGUGAAAACCAGCCUUAAAUAGUGAUUUAUCCGGUGGAUAACGGUAUCCACCUUUUCGACAACUCGGCCCAGGACUACUGUUACUCGGGUGAUCGUAAACUGUGAAGUUAUAGAGGAAAUGUUGCUAGAACCAAUUACGUGCUCAACAUGAAAUGUCUGAGGCUAAGCGCUGUAGAGAAUUUAUUUAGUUGUCUGUUUUGUUUGUUGUUGUUGUUGUCGGUGUUGGUUUUAUUGUUUCUUACGAUGGUAACCUGAGGAUGUUCUGGACGGUAUUCAGGUUUCUGAAUUUAAUAAAAGAAUUGGUCUAGACUACCAAUUUCUGCUACAAAGUGACCUACAAACAUUGCAUUUGGGCUCAGUUAGAGUGUUCCACUUGGUUUGUUUCAAAUAAACUAAAGAGGAUAGAGUAAAGACGUUUUGGCUUUAUUCUUGGCUUGGUCGUAAAAAUUAGUCCAAUAACAGCCUCUAAGGUUAUUUUGCAACGCCAUCUUUAUAAACGGAACUAGCUGGCUUCUCAGUGUCCAGGCUAUCUAACGGCGUUGUAUUUUUCUAUUUUCGGUAGUUUUUUCUGACCCCUCUUCAUCUUGCCUGUUGGUACGGACAGGAGUCUGUUGUUAAACUUUUGUUGAAACAUGGUGCAAACGUCAACGCUGAAGACGGGGUGAGUUUUGCAAGCGUUUUAUACAUUGUAAGUUAAACAAUAUAUAUUGCCAGGAGACCAUGAAGGUCUACAGUCAACGUAGCUUACUACAACUAGUUGACAACCACGGGACUGUUACUUUUGUGAAUAUCUUAUUAUGCAGUUCCUUCAGGAAUUUUCAGAGAUCUUUUUGCAACAAUGCUCGGGGUUCCUUUACCAGACUUCUUUUGGUGCAGUUUGCAGGUAAUGAACAGAAGCAAUAAGCUAUGAAUAUCCCCUGUUAGUUUAUGUGUAAUACAUAAUGGCCUGGGACCAGGCUCUGAAGUCGGGGGAAAGCGAGGAAAAUCGGCGAGCGAAGCGAGCGAGAGGGUCUGGGGAGGGAUAAAGAUGAAGGAGCUCGGCUGCCUUCCCCCCUCCCCAGUCCACCACUCGGCUUGCUUGGCUUGCCGAUUUUUUGCUGUUUCAUCCCGUUUUUGCUUAUUCCCUCCACUACGGAGCCUGGUCCCAACUGAGCUAAUGUUAUAUAAUGGUUUUACAAUAAAGAUCAAUUUAGAAGUACAGGAGACUCAAAAAUGGAAGGUGUAGCUGCAAAAAGACUGGUUCCAGCCACCUUGAUGCAAUUUUCUUUAUGGUGGUAGCUACCUUAUGUAGACAUACCUUAAAUGACCCAAUAAAUGCUCGGGGCGUCUAUUUAAUUUGAAGAGUCCAGGCGGGGGCGUUUAAUGAGAUAGGAGGCGUUUAAAAAAGAGAGCCGUUUAUUCUCAUAACUGUAACAAGCUCAACAAAACUAGUAUGCUUUCGGCGAAAACAUUAAAAGAGUUAAAAAGGAAUUCAAUAUCCACUCAAUCAAUAAAUUGAUACGUUUGGGCCAUCUAGAGAUUAUAUAUCUCUCUUUCAAAUCGCACCCAUUUAUAUCUAUCAAUUGAUCAUUCUAGGCCGUGUAGAGAUCCAUAUCGCUCUUUUAAUUCCGGCCAACAUCGAUGUCCGAAUCCUCCCUCAGGGUAUUAUGUUGUCAUCAUUAGUCUAUCCUUACUUUUAACUUGACAUUGAACAAGAUGAAAUACGCAAAGGCUCGUUAAUCAAGAAAGAAACUGAAUAAUUUGAAUUUUUUUGCACUUUCUUGCUAAUUCCUAGUAUUUGGAGUCAUUCUCAUAGAGGGCAUCUAUUAAACAGGGGGUGUUUAUUACAGAGGAGAGUUUAAUACAAAUUUAACAGCAUGGAGGAGGCGUUUAUUAGAUAAGAGGCGCUUAUUUGGAAAUGGGCGUUUAUUACGUCAUUCACGGUACCGGUAGUUAGAAUAUUUUCCUUGGUAAAUAGCGAGUGGUGAGUAAUACGUAUUACCUUACUUGUAAUUUUUUUAGUUUCAACGUACACCUCUGCAAAAAGCUGAACGUCAAAACCACCACUCCAUUGUGCAGUUGCUGCUGAAGAAUGAUGCCAGACUAAGUCUUCAUCAACCAGUAAGAUAUCAGAUUGUACUUACUUCUUGCCAACCUGGUUUUUCAGAUGAAAUUCGCUUACAUUUGUUGUAUUCUUUGUUGAUAAUGUGGAACGUUACUGUAGGACCUAAAACGCCAAUCCAGAGAUCACAGUAUAGUGAAUCUUAUAUUAAAAGUACACCAUAUUAAGCGGUUGAGUGGCUCAGUUUUUCUCAAACGUUUUUUUACUUCGAGCUUACCGUAAAACAAACCCAUUAAUAGUGGAAACCAGCAAAGGUCGCUUAUCUGUCCGGUUAAUACCGGUUUCAUCGUACAUUUUAUUUCUAAGUUGUUAAUGUCUACGGUUCUGGCGUUUCGUUUAUACGCGUAAGAUCUUUAAAUUGUUUUGGAGACACUGGGGAAAUAUGACUACCCUAUUCGAUAGUCAGUUGCUUGUUGAGGCAUUUAACAAAAAAACGUUACUCGACGUUUCGAUGUAUCACAGUGAGAAAUGUUAAAUUUUAAACACUAUUAUUUAGAAAAUGCAUCUCAACUUUAACUAUUAGACUUAGUAAGUGAGUAAGCAAGUAACUUUAUUUAAUCAGGGUAGCCCGUUCAGCAACGAGGCUGGUAUCCAUAGGGGCCCUGACAAAUAAAAAAGUAUACUAUUUAAAAAUUCCUAAGGUAUAUACAAGAUUAAAAUAAACACAUUGUAUUCAUUGUAAAAUAUUGCGUAAGAUACUUGGGUACUAGAUUAUUUAAACACUUAAAAAUUAGAAUGCAUUUAUGAAAGCUAGAUUUAACCAGUUUAGCACACAGAAAGUUUCAUUUGAGGUGUUCUUCCGUAAUAUAAUUCGAGCUGCACGGUUCUAUAGGCGGUGUAACUCUUUGCAACACCCUUCUGAGAUUUCCCCCACGCAACAUCAGCAUAGUCAAAUAAUGGCUGCAAGAGUGAUGUGUAUACUGUUUACAGGCUUCCAGCGUGAGACAUGAUCGUUUACGAGACAAAAGCCCUAGCCUCCUACUGACUUUGCUGCUUACAUACUCGACGUGAUCUUUCCAAGAAAGGUUCUCAUCUAAAACAACACCUAAAUAGCUAAAUUCAGCUACUCUUUCUAAAGUCUUUCGGUAUAACUGUAUACAAACAUUUGGUGAUUUGGCAAGAUUCUUCCAACUUCCAAAGAGCAUUGAUUUUGUUUUACUCUGAUUAAGGGUAAGCCUGCUACUUUCCAUCGACUGUACAACUCCGUUUAAAUCAUCCUGUACUACCCUAGCUAUCUCCGAGGUGCAAAGAUUCGUAAAAUACAUUACAGUAUCAUCGGCACACAUAUUAAUAGAACAGUUUUCUAAACACUGGGGCAGGUCAGUAAUGUAUAAGACAAAAAGCAGAGGCCCCAAAAUUGAACCCUGGGGACGCCAAAACGGAUUGCUCGUGUUGAGGACGUGUCGUUUCCAAAUUGCACUCUUUGAGUUCGUGUGGUAAGAUAGUUCCGGAACCAGUCCAGACUACUUCCUCUGACUCCGUAGUGUUCUAGCUUAAAAAGCAAACAUUCAUGGUCGACCAAGUCGAAAGCUUUUUUCAAGUCAAUAAACACAGCUCCUGUAAUCAUUUGCCUAUCCAUGUGUUCCAAAAUAUAAUCAGUGAGGUAAACUACCGCAGUUUCGGUAGAGUGCUUAUUUCGAAAACCCGACUUGCUGUUAAACAAUAAAAAUGUAAGCAAUGGAAAUGCAAUGGAAAUUUUAGCUUGAUCUAGUUUACUCUUACCACCCAGUUUGAUUUAUGCAUAAAAUUAAGGGGAUGCUCUUCAGCGGUGACUGUAUGAUGAGUUAACUAGGGCAUAUUUUAUCGGUAUGUUAUGUUGGGUAUCAUAAAGACUCAUUUAUUAGUUGUUUAGAGCUACACUUUCGUAUACAAGUUCGACGUUAAAAAUAGUCAUCAACAUAAACCGUCUCCUGACGUGAAUUCGAUGUAAAGCGGAUGUUCCAUUUUGGUGCAACAUUUCUUUAAUGAAAGUAUGUUUAAUUAGAAUUUUUGAUAGGUGACAAAGCCUUGUUUGAGUUGCGCACUUUGUUCAGUUUAACAUUUUUGACCUCUAUUUGGCCAUCUGUCCAUAUUUUCCAGGCAAUGAGUACCUUAAUCGUUUUUAACCAUUUUUGGCCUGUUUUCAUGACGUUUCACCCGAAUUCAUGUCGGUAGAUAAUUUUAAUUAGAUUUAAGUGAUUUUACAGGUGUUUUUGUAAAUUCUGCUUUGCACUGUGGAAUGCAUGUUGAAUUUGCCCUUUGAAUUUUUCGGUCACGUCUGAAGUUAAUUUAUUGAAAAUUUUUAGCCAGUCAUUUUCGAUGUAAAGGCUUAGCACCCUCUGUAAAUGGACAAAAACCUUAGAGUUUUAAACUGUACAUUUGUUUUUUCCCCUUCUGUUAUUAUCAAAACCUUGUAUACAAGCAGUUAAAUUGUAAUUUUUUAUAUUGGUCACCUCGUUUUAUAUUGACACAACCCAAGCUUCAUGGCGAAAAUUCAGGUUAAAAGAUCACUUCGGCGAAGCAAUUAUCUCGAAGGUUCAAUGCAAAUGCGUUUUCUUAAACCAAUCACAGAAGAGUUGCUUAAGCAUUAAUUUGAGUUAGGAGGAUGGGUUGCUGGGUGGUAUAAAAUCCGGGAGUGCCAACGAUAUUUGGAGAGUGCGUUCCUGAUACUGCAAUGUGAAUAUGUAUGAAGAUUUAUUGAAGAUUAAAGAAAGUUUAAAGAAAGAAAGUAACUACUCAUUUGUUGAAGAAGAACCAGCUAGUUCUCCAUAAAAGGUUCUUUCAACAUUACAAGCAAAUCCGUGCCCCCACCGCUGUAUUAAAGUUACCGUGAGGAGAGUUACAUCUGCCCACCUCCAGUGGAUUUUUUGCUGUGUUGCAGGAUUUGCAAAGAGUUAAAAAUGUAUUACACUGUAUAGAGCCUGGGAUGAGCUUUUCAAUGCAAUCUCGAUAUUAUGGGAUGUGGCUUUCGCUGUGAGAACCCAGUCAGUGGCGUCAUUCAAAAUACCUCCACAUUGAUACCCGCCAUCAAAAUUCUGAAACUUCCGCAAAUGGAACAAAAAUUAACUGAGACUUUUGUCCUCAACGACAUUUUAUUUGCAAUUUGCUGACACUGUCGUCUUCAAAAAUAGAAAAAGCAAUCAUUCCCUCCCCUACCCACUAAGCAAUGUUGUCCCGCUGAUCAGGUUAGCUUAGGAAACAAUAAACACGUCAACAUUGGUUGAGAGGGAGGAGGAAGGGUCCGGAAUGUCUUGGUUUCAAAACUCUAUCCCAUCUGACAGCUUGACAAUUCUCACAUCAGUUUUGUUGUGUGUUCGAGCCAUUUUCAUGCUUUUCACGACAAAUUCACCAAAGCAUGAACACCAGAGAGCUUUUGGAAAUGUUCAUUUUCCUGGGAUCAAUCGCAUUAGAGAUAAAGAAAAGUUUGCGAGCCGCAAACCACAAAUUAACAAUGGUUGCAACUUCCAGAACAAGUUUCCCACUUUUCGUUGGCCUUUUCCCUCGACGCAAGACAUUGUAGAAGUAAUUUCGGAGUUGAUAGUUUUCUGAGAAUAAUAAUCAUAAUAAAAAUAAUUAAGAUUUGUAACGCCCUGGUUCCAUACAAAUUCUCUGAAUUUCAUAGUUAUUAUUAAAAAAAUUGUGCGAAAAACUCACUUUUCAGCUUUUAAAUAGCUUGCCCUUUUGUCACUGAUGAGGCCAUAUAUUGUAACCAUAAUAACCAAACACCGUCCCAUUUUGUCUAAAAUGAGUAUAUUUGCAGUAGCGGAACUCCCGUAAUAUAUUAUCUGCAUUAGUUAGCAAUUAACGAAUGAGGCUGAUCUCGGAGGGUGUUAUCCACCGAGGCCGAAGGCUGAGCUGGAUAACACCCUCCGAGAUCUGCUUAAUUCUUCAUAUCCUACGAAAGCCGAAUUCAUUAACUGCUUUAUUCUUCAUUCAAAAUAAUUCCUAGUUUAAAAACAUAGCUGAAACAUGCUUACCUGCAUCGAUGUUAAAUUCAUCUUCGAUAGUGUACGUUUAGGUUUGUCCAGCUCCGCAAAUAUUCUACAAAUAGCAGAUGUCGCCCUCCGAGUUCUCUUCUUGCUGUUUUUGCCACGUUUUAGCUAUUAUUUCGCCUAGUUCCAGCUGUAGUUCUUCCUCGUGAAACGAGUGAAAUGUCCGCCCUUUUUUUUUCACAACCAAAACAACUCAACCUCGUCCCCAGGUCAUCUCGGUAACGGUGCCUUAACCUGUAGCGGGCUGCAUUUUUGACGUAAUUUCCUCGUUAAACAUAGCCUACGAAAACAUCCGUUUCUCCUCGCUCUUCGGCGCCGGGGACGUUUCGCGAGGAGGAACGUCUGCGACUCAGCGGCAGAAAUUCCAUACUGAUGACGCAAACCAAUGUUUACAUAAUAAAUCCAGUAGUCAUGGGGUUCUCAAAUACAAAGUUGUCCAAUUUUACCUGUCUUCUGGUCGAUUUUGGUAAAGUGAUGUUCAUCUGCCAAAGAGCUCCAGCAAAACUCAAAUACUUCUUCUAGAAAAGACUAUAUUCCACAAAUAUUGACUAUUUUGUUUGAGAUUCUUCGCGUUUGCAUUUGACCUUUGUGGCCUUUUGUCUUUUGUCUGUCAUUCGUAAACAAUAGCUAAAACAAUGUAACUACUCCAUCGAACAAUCAGCGCUUCUGACCGGAUUCCGGACAGAUUUUACGUCAUCAGUAUGGAAUUUCUGUCGCUGAGUCGCAAACGUUCCUCCGCGCAAAACUUCCUCAUCGACGAAGAGCGAGGAGAAACGGAUGUUUUCGCAGGCUACGUUAAACACAAAAUUCUUCCAAAUUUGGUCAUCAGCAACUGGUUACGGUGAAUUAUGCGUGUGCUUUUAGCCAAUCACAAUUGGGUAAAUCUUUUGAAUGAAUGAUAAGAAUAGUUGAAAAGUAAUGCCAAAUGAAUUCCCUCUUGAUUAUUUUCGCUCUUAAACAUGAUCAUUUCCAUUAUACAGGUCAGUCUAAAGAAUCUCUCUAGGAAAGCUUUCUUGCAAGUGGAUGAAAAAUCUGGUUUUACUCUGCUCCAGGCGGCUGUCUUUGAGGAAAAAUACAACCUUGUUCUAGAAGCUAGUGGCCUUUUUGACAACUUUGUAGAAGAGAUGGAACUUACAAAAACGGGAAAAAACGCCAAAGAAUUUAUAGGAAAAACGGCAGUUGACUUCUUGUCACUUAGAAAGACAACAAACCCAUUUCAUAUUGAUAUCGAAAGGAUUUAUGACAAAUUGGCUGAGCACAACAGCAGACUGACUGAGCUACCGUGGGGUACAUGCGACGAUAAUGUGGAACAGGCAGUUGAACUUGUAUUAAAUAACGAUGUAGAUAUUAAUGCCUCAGGAUCAGACAAUGAUUCCACAGCCUUGUUGCAUGCCAGUCGGUCAUCCUCAAGUCAGUUUAUUGAGACCCUCAUUGAUCUUGGGGGCGACGUUAACGCCCAAAGGAGAAAAAGCAAAGAAACACCACUAAUGUUAGCAGCUGACUGGAACAACUACAUGGCAGCAAGCUUAAUUCUAAGACAUGGAGCUGAUGUAAAUGUCCAUAUUAGUAAUGGGUUCACGCCACUGCACGUUUCAGUCAAUAAAAGUCACGAAAACCUUGUCAGAUUGUUACUUAAACACAACGCAAAUGUGAAUAUUCAAACUACUUAUGGAUAUACACCCCUUCGCCAGUCAUUCUUAAAAGGUAACGAAAGCCUCUGUAGAAUGUUACUUGAACACAAAGCGGAUGUAAAUAUUCAAGAUAAAGAUGGAUAUACACCCUUGCACCGGUGUGCCUUAAUGGGUAACGAAGACCUCUGUAGAUUGUUAUUUGAACACAACGCGGAUGUAAAUAUUCAAGAUAACCUUGGAUAUUCACCCUUGCACUGGUGUGCCUUCAAGGGUAACGAAAACCUCUCUAGAUUGUUACUUGAACACAACGCGGAUGUAAAUGUUCAAGAUAAUAAUGGAUAUUCACUCUUGCACUGGUGUGCCUUUAAGGGUUACGAAAUCCUCUGUAGAUUGUUACUUGAACACAACGCAGAUGUAAAUAUUCAAGAUAAAGAUGGAUAUACACCCUUGCACCGGGGUGCCUUACUGGGUAACGAAGACCUCUGUGGAUUGUUUUUUGAACACAAUGCGGAUGUAAAUAUUCAAGAUAAUCAUGGACAUUCACCCUUGCACUGGUGUGCCAGAGAGGGUAACGAAAACCUCUGUAGAUUGCUACUUGAGCACAACGCAGAUGUACAUAUUCAAGAUAAUCAUGGAUAUACAGCCUUGCACUGGUGUGCCUUCAAGGGUAACGAAUACCUCUGUAGAUUGUUACUUGAACACAACGUGGGUGUAAAUAUUCAAGAUAAUCAUGGAUAUUCACCCUUGCUCUGGUGUACCUUCAGGGGUAACGAAAACCUCUGUAGAUUGUUACUUGAACACAGUGCGGAUGUAAAUGUUCAAGAUAAUCAUGGAUAUACACCCUUGCUUUGGUGUGCCUUAAUGGGUAACGAAGAGCUCUGUAGACUGAUACUUGAACACAACGCUGGUGUAAAUAUUCAAGAUAAAGAUGGAUAUACACCCUUGCACUGGUGUGCCAGAGAGGGUAACGAAAACCUGUGUAGAUUGUUACUUGAACACAACGCGGAUGUAAAUAUUCAAGAUAAUCUUGGACAUACACCCUUGCACUUGGGUACCAUAGAGGGUAACGAAAACCUAUGUAGAUUGUUACUUGAACACGACGCGGAUGUAAAUAUUCAAGAUGAUGAUGGAUAUACACCCUUGCACUUGUGUGCCUUAAUGGGGAACGCAAACGUCUGUAUAUUAUUACUUGAACACAACGCAAAUGUAAAUACUCAAGAUGAAGAUGGAUAUACACCUUUGCACUGGUGUGCCAGAGAGGACAACCAAAACCUCUGUAGAUUGUUACUUGAACAUAACGCGGAUGUAAAUACUCAAGAUGAGGACGGAUAUACACCCUUGCACUGGUGUGUCUUAACGGGGAACGAAAGCCUCUGUAGAUUCUUACUUGACCAAAACGCGGAUGUAAACAUUGAAGAUAAUCAUGGACAUACACCCUUGCACUGGAGUACUAGAAACGGUAACGGAAACCUCUGUAGAUUGUUGCUUGAACACAACGCGGAUGUUAAUAUUCAAGAUAAAGGAACACCUUUCAGCUUUUAA